CCGGCUGUUAUUGUUGCCGCGCUGUGAUCUGUGCCGGGUUGGCGGAGGUUGGGAGACGAUCUAUACCGGUCCCCGGACACUGAUAGACUUGGGGCGGGAAGAAGAGGGUCACCGGGGCGGAGAAGCCGAGGAGACACUACCGGCUGGGGGAAGGGAUCUCACUAACAACUUCCUGGCUUCCGCGGAUUUGCCUUUCCUUCGUCUUGGGUUACCUAUCGCCGCCUGUGCCCGGGGGAGGCUCCGGAGGAGCAGGAUACAGCCUAACGGCGAAGAUUAAACGUCUGGAUUAGACUUGGGGAGGGAGUUAUUCUUCAGAAGCAGCUCCUUGGCAGCAGAGGAGGAAGAGAGAUGUGAGAAGCGAUUGGGAUGUAAUUCUGCGGUGGCGAUCUGUUAAGGAGCCCAGAUCGGAGUGCAAAGAAGCAAUGGGAAUUGGAGGCCAUGGUAACCUGACAUAAAUGGCAGGCUGGAGGCGAUUUCACCUCUUUGCGUCCUGCUUUUACUGCCUUUUACUGUGCUGUUGCUGCUGCUCUCCUGAGGGACUCCACACAUUGGCAUUGCACAGCCAGAGGACAGUGCUAAAGAAAUUUAGGUGAAUGCUGGAAGCAGGUGGGGUGUUUUGACCUCACCAUGAUUCAUCUAUGGAAACUGGUUCGUCACAUGCGACAGCUGGAACUGCACCGCUUGAUCCUACUGUUGAUUGCAUUCAGCUUAGCCUCUAUGUGCUUCUUGGCCUACUAUGUCACCAACAGCCCUAAAAUUAAGGAGCCUCCCCCUCUACCUUUCAGUGACUGCAGCAGCCAGCAGAGAAUUGUGGUUCAGCCCCAAGCUAGCUGGCGGAUAGCCAAAUCUGUGGACACCUCCCGUACCGAACCCGUGGUGCUUGUAUUUGUUGAGAGCAUAUACUCCCAACUUGGACAGGAGAUUGUUGCCAUCUUGGAAUCUGGCAGAUUUAGGUACAGGACGGAAAUUGCUCCAGGGAAAGGAGAUAUGCCAACUUUGACCGAUAAAGAUCGGGGCCGUUAUGCUCUGAUCAUCUAUGAGAAUAUUUUGAAAUAUGUAAAUUUAGAUGCUUGGAACCGGGAGCUUCUGGACAAAUAUUGUGUGGAAUAUGGUGUUGGCAUCAUUGGGUUCUUCAAAGCGAAUGAGAACAGCUUGUUAAGUGCACAACUGAAAGGUUUCCCACUCUUCCUACAUUCCAAUUUGGGAUUGAGAGACUACCACAUUAACCCCAAUGCUCCACUUCUGUAUGUUACUAGAGCUAAUGAGGUGGAGCAAGGUCCUCUUCCUGGAGAUGACUGGACAGUGUUCCAGUCUAACCAUAGCACGUAUGAACCUGUACUGCUGGCUAGCACCAAGUCUGCUGAAUCGAUUCCUCACCUUGCUACACACAAAGCACUUCAUGCCACCGUUGUACAGGACUUGGGUCUUCACGACGGCAUUCAACGUGUACUAUUUGGCAACAAUCUUAAUUUUUGGCUCCAUAAACUUAUUUUUGUUGAUGCUAUUGCUUACUUAACUGGCAAGCGUCUCUGCCUCACUCUUGACCGAUAUGUUUUGGUGGACAUUGAUGAUAUAUUUGUUGGUAAAGAAGGAACACGCAUGAAGGUUUCUGACGUAGAGGCGCUGCUGAAUACCCAGAGCAAGCUAAGAACACUUGUACCAAAUUUCACUUUCAACUUGGGCUUUUCGGGAAAGUUCUACCACACAGGCACAGAUGAAGAAGAUGAGGGGGAUGACAUGCUGCUCAUGCACAGGAAGGAAUUCUGGUGGUUCCCACAUAUGUGGAGUCACAUGCAGCCUCACUUAUUCCACAAUGUCACUGUUCUUGCAGAGCAGAUGAAACUCAACAAGCAGUUUGCUUUGGAACAUGGUAUCCCCAUAGAUUUGGGCUAUGCAGUCGCACCUCAUCAUUCUGGUGUGUACCCCAUACACAGCCAACUAUAUGAAGCUUGGAAAUCUGUAUGGAAUAUCCAGGUUACUAGCACAGAAGAGUACCCUCACCUUAGACCGGCUCGCUAUCGCAGGGGAUUUGUACACGACAACAUCAUGGUGUUACCAAGGCAGACCUGUGGACUGUUCACUCACACAAUAUUCUACAAUGAAUAUCCAGGAGGAUCAAAAGAGCUGGAUAAGUCCAUUCGUGGUGGUGAACUCUUCCUGACUGUCCUCCUUAACCCGAUCAGCAUCUUCAUGACACAUCUCUCGAACUAUGGCAAUGACCGCCUGGGGCUGUACACGUUUGAAAGCUUGGUGAAGUUUGUGCAGUGCUGGACCAACCUCAGACUACAGACUCUGCCACCUGUCCAAUUGGCUAAGAAGUAUUUUGAGAUCUUCCCCCAAGAGAAGAACCCACUGUGGCAGAACCCUUGUGAUGACAAGAGGCAUAAGGACAUCUGGUCUAAGGAAAAGACUUGUGAUAGGCUCCCUAAGUUCCUUGUUGUUGGACCCCAAAAGACAGGUACAACUGCACUAUACACCUUCCUCACCAUGCACCCUGCUGUUACCAGCAACUUCCAGAGCCCGGUUACCUUUGAAGAGAUCCAGUUUUUUAAUGGACUGAACUACCACAAGGGCAUUGAUUGGUACAUGGAUUUCUUCCCUAUACCUUCAAAUGCCAGCACAGAUUUCAUGUUUGAAAAAAGUGCCAAUUAUUUUGACACAGAAGUGGUACCAAAACGGGCAGCAGCUCUCCUACCCAGAGCCAAAAUCAUUGCCAUUCUGAUCAGUCCUGUUGAUCGUGCUUAUUCCUGGUAUCAGCACCAGCGAGCACACAACGACCCUGUGGCACUGAACUACACCUUUGCUCAAGUAGUAACUGCUGGAUCACAUGCCUCACAACAGCUGAAGAACCUUCAGAGUCGAUGUUUGGUCCCAGGAUGGUAUGCUACUCACCUAGAGAGAUGGCUAACGUACUACCCACCCAGUCAAGUAAGCCUACUUCAUAUAGUUGAUGGUCAAGAGCUGAGGAACAACCCAUCCGCAGCCAUGGACAGUGUCCAGAAGUUCUUGGGCGUGACACCACAUUUCAAUUACACACAGGCAUUAAAGUUUGAAGAAUCAAAAGGAUUCUGGUGUCAAGUGGCUGAAAAUGGAAAAACAAAAUGUCUUGGAAAAAGCAAAGGCCGGAAAUACCCCGACAUGGAACCUUCGACACGGAGCUACCUUGUAGACUUUUACCGAGAAAACAACAUUGAGCUGUCUAAGCUGCUGAAUCGAUUGGGACAACCUCUGCCAACCUGGCUGCGAGAAGAGCUUCAGAAUUCCAGCAGGAGUUGAACUUGGCCUCCAGGUGGGAGGGAGUGACCAUUUCUUGUCUCUGGUGAUUCUCGGCAUUACUACGACUGUUCACCGUUACUUUUGGGAGCACACAGACUUACGUUCUCAUUGCUGUGGAAUGUGGACAUCUGGUACUGCGAUGUUGAACAUCACCAUGUUAUCAUGACUGGGCCUCCUGGGACUGGAUAAUGGGGGUCUUCAGUGACUACAAAUGCACCUCUUGUGGGAAAGUGUUAACAUUUUGUUACGCAGGAUCAUGGAGCCAGCAUCGCAUUGCGUACUCUAAGCACAGAGGAAGGCCAAUCAUGAUUUAAUGGGGCAUGUGCCAUCCUGUUCAUGGAUCUCCCUCCUCUGGCACAUGUAUUUAUUUACAACCAGGAGAUGCAUCUACUGUGGGGUUUUUCCAACUGCAAGGUGACUCAAGCUGUGACAACCAAGACCAUUUUUGGCACUGGACUAUGUUUUCAUGUGUUUUAUGAAAAGUCUGGGAUCAUUUCCUCACAGGCUGACAAAGUCAAGGCAGUCUAAGCUCAGAAAAGAUAACGGUACUUCGAAAGAUUUCUUGAAAAAUGGAGUCAACAAUCAUACUUUGCUGUAUAAUCAUGGUUUUCCUUUCCGCAUAGGGCUUGUUGAAUGUAAACCAGAAUAAUCUUGGUGUGUUGUGAGAGAUCACAUGGGCUGAAGUGGUUUAUUUUUCACAAUGCUGCUCUGUGUAAUAGAAGAUGUGACACUGACCCUGCCUAUUGUCCACCUGAUCUAACGAGGGGAAAUCACAUUACUAUCAGUUGGAUUUAUAUUUGAACUGAUAUUUUAAUUUUGCAAGCAUUUGUUGGUGUAAACUCUCUGAAUUACAGUAUUCAAUUUAUGAACUGCUGACCAGGAAGUCCUGGGAAAUGAGGUUCAUAAUCUCCACAAUGUAAGAUUUUUUUUAUUUUUAUUUACUCGAUCUGUUGUGGGGUCUGUCAAUGGGGCUGUGCAUUGUUUACAUUUAUAGUGUUGGUCCACGUUAAAGGGAACCUUUACUAGGGUAAAGCAAGAUCUGGUUCUGUAGGCUGCCAGCAU